AUGGGGCUGCAGGACACAGGUCUGUUCUGGAAAUCCCACGUGUGGUUAUUCUUGCAGGCCAAGCUGGUGGGAAGUGGAAGGGAAAGACCUGGAGCAGGACAGCAGAUCGCUGACCCCGAGGCCUGCGACCAAAUGUACGAGAGCUUGGUCAGGAUCCACACCAACUACUACAAAAACAAGUAUCCACGGCUGAAAGACACAACCUUCACAGGGGUGACAGUGGAGGAUUGCAGGAUGAUCCUGGCAACAGACAUUCUGAAACAGAUGGAAGACAUGAAAAAAGGGACGUGGAGGAGACUGCGGGAAAAGUUUUCUGCCAAGAAACCCGAAGAGGACUCGAAGUGAGGGCCCAGCUCUCAGCUUCUCCACUGUACAUAUCCCUGAAGCUCUGUGUGUUGCCAUGAUGAAUAAAACCAUUUAUUCCUCUUA